AUGGCCUCAAACGACGGCAACAAACCCCUCCUAAGACUGAGUUCCCGGGUUAAGAAGCUCUUGGAUCUAGAGGCUCAGUUCACAGUUGGCGGCUUCGAUCCUAUGCCCUAUUUCUUCGAGAAAGGUCAGGGAUCUCUGCUAUGGGAUGUUGAUGGAAAGAGAUACAUCGAUUUCAUUGGCAUGUUCAGUGCCGUUAAUACGGGACACUGCCAUCCGGACAUCCAGGAGAGGAUGAUUGAGCAGUUAAAGAAAGUCACCCUGGUCAAUCUAUCGGCUCACACUUCCACGUUCGCUCCUUUCGCUAGGAGGCUCUGUACCCGAUUUGGCUACGACAAAGUAGUCGCCAUGACGUCUGGCACAGAAGCAGCAGACACAGCCUGCAAGAUUGCUAGACGGUGGGGGAUCAACCAAAAAGGCAUUCCAGCCCAGGAUUGCCUUGUGCUCGGGGUCGGUGGUUCUUAUCAUGGACUCGCUUCGGGGGUCUGGAGUCUGAUGAAUUCAAACCCAUUGAGGUCAACAAGGUAUGGCCUUGACAGCAAAAUUCAGAUGAAUGCCAACCCUGGAACGGGGGAAUUGCUGGAAUAUCUCGAUCUGGAGAAGAUGAGAGUUUGUCUGGAAGAGCAUAAAGAUCGGGUAGCAGCGGUGAUUAUGGAGUGCAUCCACGGAUAUAGCCGAGAUGUGAAUGAGGAGAUUCACUACGCCCGAGGCGUUUAUGAACUCUGCAAAUCCAUGAAUAUCCUCUUCAUCGCAGAUGAGGUUCGGCAAGGUGUAGGGAAAACUGGAAAGUUUUUCAGCUUCCAACACCUGGGUGACGACGUGAAACCCGAUAUUGUAACCAUGGGAAAAUCCAUCACAGGGGGGUUCUACCCUCAAUCGUUCAUUAUGGGCUUAGACACCGUCAUGGCAUCUGUCGGCCCAUACGAGAUGGCUAGUACCUACGGCUUCGCCCCACUAGGGAUUGCGGCCGCGAACGCGACCCUUGACGUUAUUGACCGAGAAAAUCUGAUUCAACGAGCCGUCCACCUAGGAAACCUGUGGAGGAAAACUGUCGAAUCUUGGAACCAUCCCCUCGUGGACUAUGUUGCACAGAUCGGUGCCGACUCCAACUUGAUCCUUCGGGAAGUGCAACCCUCGCGGAUAGUAGCCUUGUGUAUGCAUCGAGGGCUAUUCGUGUAUCCUAAAGCAGACGGGAUACGACUCAGCUUCGCCAUGACCAUGUCGGACGAGCUGCUGCUGGAAGGAGCAGCUAUUCUGAAAAGCUGUCUGGAUGAUGUGGACAACUACGGGUCGAUUGAAGGGGAAUCGACACGUUAUGGGCCAGUUUAG